AAGGAGACUAAGGAAUAGCAUAAUUUGAGGUGACAGCAUGUAGAAUCUGCAACAAUAAAAUAUAAUCGACAAAAAAAAGAGUUGGAAAAAAGAUGGAGAUAGGGGGGGAGUAUUUGGAGAUUUUGGGAGGCUCAAUUUUGAUGACAGAGUAUAAAAAAAAAUGUUGGUGGCUGUAAAUUUUGUGUGGUGUGUGUGAAAUAAACAGAGAUAGAGAGAGAGUCCAAAACUUUACUAGCUAGCAAUCACCUUAAAUCCGGCAAAAAAUUGGAUCUUUACAGCAACAUUGAAUUCACCAAAUCCUCUUUGAAAGCAUUUAUAUCUCUUCUAUUAUUGUACAACUUAUUCCUCAAGAUCUGCCAAAAAUCCCAACUAGAAACAGUUAUCUUGCAUUCAUUUUUUCUGAUCAAAUGGAGGUUCAGUUGCAAAGGAGCUAUCUUGAAUAUUGCAAUGCCUUGUUUCGUGAGGGAUUCUUGGAUGGUCAGUUUGUUCAGCUGCAGAUGCUUCGAGAUGACAGCAAUCCUGAUUUUGUGAUGGAAGUUGUGAUCCUUUUCUUUGAGGAUUCUCAACGAAUUCUCAAUGAACUCUCCAAGACCUUGGAUGAGCAGAAUGUGGACUUUAAGAAAAUUGAUGCUAAUGUUCAUCAACUGAAAGGUAGCAGCUCAAGUAUUGGGGCUCAGAGAGUGAGAAAUGCUUGCAUUGCCUUCCGCAGCUUCUGUGACGCGCAAGAUGUUGAAUCGUGCCUUAGAUGCUUGCAGCAAGUUCAGCAAGAGUACUUGCUAGUGAAGAGCAAGCUCGAAGCUCUACUAAGGCUGGAGCAGCAGAUUGUGGCAGCCGGUGGAGUGGUCCCCACGUUGAACGACUUCUCCUGAGGUGAAACGGGGCGCGCAUCUAAGUUAGCAGUGUUGGUGGAGAAACUUGUGUGAGUUUUUUGGUGGUAUCAGUUUCCUGAGAUUAAAAAGGUUGUUCAAGCUUUGAGGUUUCUACUUGUAUGAAAAUUGGUUGGUCUUUUCAAAGUAGAAACUCCUGUCUUAAUAGUGUAUCUAUCUUCUGGCCAUCAAAAAAUGUUUCUGAAUCUCCAAUAACUCCAUGUUUGAAACCAUGAAUCAUUUGAUCAUACUCAGUUAUCAUCAUAGAAUGCAACAAACAAUUCCUUACAGCAUUUUCAUAGUAAGAAGAUGACUUCUUUGUUGUUA